AUGGAGCACCAUUCCGAAUCCACCAAUGUCUCUCUCACAAGCGAUCCCCAGGAUGCCAUAGCUCGGGAAAAGCAGAUCGCUGGUCGAUCCAGAGACGCGGACGCAGCAAGUCUCGACCUUUUGAUACAAGAACUCGAGUUACAGGACGGGGGAGAAAAGGAGCCAGAUGUUCUAAGCAUCUAUACUGGAACCGAAACCUUCAAAGAUGAUGAUACUACAGCCCCAUGCCCAUUCGACACCGAUCCUGAGCACGGCCUGACAGAUGCCGAAGUGCUGGCCGCACGUCGUAAGCACGGCUGGAACCGCAUGAAAGAGCAAAAAAAGCGGCACCUUCUCAAAUUUCUUGGCUUAUUUGUGGGACCCGUUCAGUUUGUCAUGGAGGUUGCAGCCAUCUUGGCCGCCGGACUUCAAGACUGGAUCGACUUCGGUGUCAUCUUGGGUCUCCUGUUAUUGAACGCGUGUGUCGGAUUCAUCCAAGAAUAUCAUGCCGGGAACAUUGUCGACAGCCUGAAAGAAACACUCGCUCUGAAAGCCACCGUCAUUCGAAAUGGACACAAGUUCGAGAUCAGGGCCGAGGAAGUCGUGCCCGGUGAUGUGAUAUUGGUCGAUGAUGGUACAAUUGUUGCCGGAGAUGGGUUUAUCGUUUCCCCCGCUGCUCAUUUGCAGAUCGACCAAUCCUCUAUCACGGGGGAAUCGCUUGCGGUGGAUAAAACUACCGGAGACAAAGUCUGGGCAUCUUCGGCAGUCAAGCGUGGAGAGGCUGCUUUGGUUGUUACCAGGACAGGAGACAAGACCUUCGUGGGAAAGGCGGCCGGGUUGGUGACCCAGGCCAAUGGCGUGGGACACUUCACUCUGGUUCUUAAUGGAAUCAGCAUGGUGCUUUUGAUUCUCGUCUGUCUUACCUUGUUCAUUGUCUGGGUCUCAGCAUACUAUCGGUCGGAUCCCAUUAUCGACAUUUUGGAAUAUACUCUAGCCAUCACCAUCGUUGGAGUUCCGGUUGGCCUCCCAGCAGUCGUCACGACCACUAUGGCUGUCGGGGCAUCCUAUUUAGCAAAGAAGUCUGCCAUUGUUCAGAAGCUGUCGGCCAUCGAGUCCUUAGCAGGUGUUCAGAUUUUAUGCUCCGACAAGACCGGUACUCUCACUCGCAAUCGACUGAAAUUGGGUGAUCCCUUCACGGGCCCGGGAAUCACCAGUGACGAGCUCAUGGUGACAGCUUGCCUCGCUGCCACCCGCAAAAAGACUGGCAUCGACGCCAUCGAUCGCGUGUUCAUCAAGAGUCUGAGGAAGUACCCGCUUGCGAAGAAACUCCUGCCAACAUUCCACGUGCUGGAAUUCCAUCCAUUUGAUCCUGUCGCAAAGAAGGUGACUGCAGUUGUUGAAUCUCAGGAGGGCGAAAAGAUGAUAUGUGUCAAAGGAGCCCCAAUUCAGGUUCUACAAACAGUCAAAGAGAACCAUCAUAUUCCUGAAAAUGUCGAGUCUGCUUACCUCGCCAAAGUUGCGGAGUUUGCAACUCGUGGAUUUCGAGCACUCGGGGUUGCUCGCAAACGUGGAUCCGAGCCAUGGGAGAUUCUCGGCAUUAUGCCUUGUUAUGACCCCCCUCGUCAUGACACUGCAAACACUAUUCGAGAGGCCAAGAGACUGGGUCUUCAGAUCAAAAUGCUGACAGGCGAUGCCGUGGGAAUCGCAAAAGAAACAGCGCGACAGCUUGGUCUUGGCACCAAUAUUUACAAUGCAGAACGCCUCGGAGUCACCGGCGCGGGCGAGAUGUCCGGUUCGGAGGUCAAUGACUUUGUUGAAAACGCCGAUGGAUUCGCGGAGGUCUAUCCUCAGCACAAAUUUAGUGUUGUCCAGAUUCUCCAAAGCAGAGGAUACCUAGUGGCCAUGACUGGUGAUGGUGUCAAUGAUGCACCAUCCCUGAAGCAGGCCGACACGGGUAUUGCUGUCGAAGGUGCCUCGGACGCUGCUCGAUCUGCCGCCGAUAUCGUAUUUGUGGCUCCAGGUCUUUCUGCAAUCAUCGAUGCACUGAAAACAUCCCGUCAAAUCUUUCAUCGCAUGUACGCAUAUGUGAUCUAUCGCAUAGCGCUGUCUCAACAUUUGAUGUGGUUCUUCGGGUUGUGGAUCGUGAUCAGGAACGAAGUGCUGGAUCUGCGCCUGGUGGUUCUGCUAGCCAUAUUCGCCGACAUUGCUACACUGGCUAUCGCAUAUGACAAUGCCCCGUACGCCCCUGAACCUGUCAAAUGGAACCAACCGAAAUUGUGGGGCAUUGCCGUAAUCCUAGGAGGGGUUUUGGCUGCGGGAUCCUGGACUGCGUUCGGCACCAUGAUCGUUCGUGGCGAGGAUGGAGGUGUUGUUCAGAACUAUGGAGCUCGUGAUCCAGUUCUGUUUCUCGAGAUUGCACUCACACAGAACUGGCUGAUUUUCAUCACGCGGCUCCACGGCAGUUUCUGGGACUGGAGAAGCAGACCAUCAAUCCAGUUAUUGGGUGCUGUGCUAGCAGUCGACAUCGCCGCCACGUUGAUGGUUAUAUUCGGCGCUUUUGUCAACAAAAACACACACGUGGUUACCGUCGUUCGCGUGUACAUCUUCUCCCUCGGUGUGACUCUCAUAUGCAGCCUGGUGUAUACCACUCUACAGAAAUCAGAAACGUUUGACAAUCUCAUGCACGGUCGCCUGCCAGGGGGCCGACGCCGAGAGAGGUCUUGGGAGGAUUUCAUGGUAUCAUUGCAACGAGUUUCUUCGCAGCACGAGGAGAAGGAAAAGGCGCCAUGA